AUGGGUAUUUUACAACUCCUCUUCAAGGCCGACGAGGACGUUCAGGGCUCCAGGUUUAGGGCUAUCGCCAUCGGCCUUUUCGUCGCGUUCGGCGGUGUCCUGUUUGGCUACGACACAGGAACCAUCUCCGGAGUUCUCGCUAUGAAGUUCGUUAAAGAGAACUUCACGGAUCGCGGCUACUUCACGGCCGGCGAAACCUCGCUAAUCACUUCCAUUUUGUCUGCAGGCACGUUCUGCGGCGCCGUCUUCGCACCCCUAAUUUCUGACACUUUGGGCCGCCGGCUCGGUCUUAUUGCGUCCACCAUCAUUUUCACCGUCGGAGUUAUCUUGCAAGCGGCCGCUUCAGAGAAGAACCUGUUAAUCGUGGGAAGAGUUAUUGCCGGUCUCGGUGUCGGUGUGCUAUCGGCGAUCGUGCCAUUGUACCAGUCUGAAGCUGCUCCAAAGUGGAUUCGUGGUGCAGUGGUAUCGUGCUACCAGUGGGCCAUCACCAUCGGACUGUUGUUGGCCUCUUGUGUCAACCAGGGCACUCACGCCCGUAACGACAGUGGCUCGUACCGUAUUCCUAUCUCGAUCCAGUUUCUAUGGGCAAUCAUCAUGUUCUGCGGAAUGCUUGUACUCCCAGAGUCGCCCCGUUUCUUCGUCAAAAAGGGCAAGCUGCCAGAAGCGUUGAAGUCGCUGUCGACGCUAAGAGGACUGCCCGCAGACGACAAAACCGUAGAGGCAGAGUUGGAGGAGAUUGUCGCUAACUACGAGUACGAGAGAUCGUUCGGUUCCACCACGGUUGUGGACUGUUUCAGACCCGCCAACCACCAGCUAAAACGUAUACUCACUGGUAUCGCAAUUCAGGCACUCCAGCAGCUCACAGGUAUCAACUUCAUCUUCUACUACGGUACCCAGUUCUUCCAAAACUCGGGCAUCAAGAACCCCUUCAUCACCCAACUAAUCAUGAACGUCGUCAACGUCGUGAUGACCGUCCCGGGCAUUGCUCUCAUCGAAAUCGCAGGUAGAAGAAACUUGUUGCUAUGGGGUGCUGUCGGUAUGUGUGUCAGUGAAUUCAUUGUUGCAGCCGUCGGAACCGCUUUGCCACACAGCAACGCCGCCAAUAAGACCCUGAUUGCGUUUUCGUGUACAUUCAUUGCGUCGUUUGCCGCCACCUGGGGUCCUUUGGCCUGGGUUGUGGUUGGUGAGAUCUUUCCCUUGAGAGUGCGUGGUAAGUCUGUCGCAUUCUGUGCAGCUUCCAACUGGUUAUUCAACUUCGCCAUCGCCUACGCAACACCUUAUUUGGUCGACCACGAUCGUGCCAACUUGCAGGCCAAGGUCUUCUUCAUCUGGGGUGGUUGCACCUUUUUAUGUUUCCUGUUUGUCUACCUUUUCGUCUACGAAACCAAAGGUCUCACAUUGGAACAGGUCGACGAGCUGUACGACACCUGUCCAAGUGCACGCCAGUCCAAGCACUUUGUUCCUUCUCAAGGGUUUGCUCACGACUCCCCAGAUGCAGAAAAGGCCGUCGUGGAGGCCGUCGAAAAAAUUUAA